AUUAAAUUAAAAACAUCGCUCGAAAACAAAAUCCAACGAUUUCAUGAAUAAAUUGCCGACUUGUUUUAGUCAGCUGUAAACAAACAAAAAAAAAGCUUUAACUUAGCGUUGUUAUUAUUUUUCUUAGAAAUAUAAGACUAGAAAUUUUAAAUAAAACUAAAAAUUUUUUGAACUCAACAAUAAAUAUUUAAAAUAUAAAGAAGAUGGUGGAAUCUACCAAGUGCGAUGCACCUCCAAAGUGUUUAACAGACGCUACGCCUCCUCCAGAUUAUGGAAACUUAGAACCUCCAAAUUACAAUACUGUAGAGGAUCCUCCUCCUUCUUAUGAAAGCAUUUUUGGAGAAAUACGUCAAGCUCGCCAACAAUCAUCUGGCAUAUUAGAAUUUCUUAAAAAAACAAUUAUGAUAUUCUUAUCAACUGUUGGUUGUACAUUUUGCUUAGCAUUUCUCUUGGCAAUCCCGAUCGCUUGUAUUGUAAUUGGUGCAAAGUAUAAAGAUGAUUGUAGAGUGCAACCUAAGAUUCCAUUAUACUUAAUUGUUCUGGGGUCGUUUGGAAUUUUACGUAACAUUGUUGGUUUAUGUAACCAAAUAAAAAGACGCAAUAGAAACAGUAACAAUGACGAUGAAGAUAAAAAAAAGAGUGCUUUUGAAGGAAUUAUCGAUUGUUUUAUGAUUGGUUGGUUUAUUGCUGGUAAUGUAUGGAUUUAUUCGAACUAUCCGCCUGAUUAUGACAAUACUGAUAGUAUUGAUUACUGCAAUAAAACUUUGUAUUUAUUUGCUUUUGGUUUAACAACUGCGUCCUAUGCAUUUGUUGGUUUUGUCUGUUUUUGCAUGUGUUGUAUUGGAUGCUGUUCACUUCUUAUGGACUAAGUUGUUGUGCAUGUUUUCGAUGCUUUUAUUGCUUAUGGACCAAAUUGUUCCAAAUAUAAAGAAGUUCCAAAGAAAUUACGCGAAUUAAAAUAAAGUAUUUAUUUUUCUAGUUUUUACUUUUAUUUUUUUUACUUUAUAAAGGGAAAUAAUUCUUUUACAUUUUAUAUAUUUAUAUUUCUUAACACUUUUCAUUGUAUAUUUUGUAAUAUAAAGUAACAUAUUAACUAACAUAUCUUAAAAAGUUUCACUAUAAAAUAACAUAUUAACUAACAUAUCUUAAAAAGUUUCGCUAUAAAGUUAUCAAAUAAAAAUCUUAUUAGUAAUUAUAAUAAUCACUUUCUUAUUAGUAAAUGUAAAUCUUUUUAUACAAUAAAAAAAUAGUUUUUGGUGUUUACGGUACACGCAUGUUAGCGUUGCAUAAUAUGCAUAUGCAUUAAUAUGUACAUAUCUAGAUAAAUAUUGACACUUUAUGUGUAUAUAGAAUAUUUACUUAUUCAAAGAUUCUUAUCAAAUGAACGUGGUUAUUUUAUAAAUAAUGCUAUUGUAUAAAAAAUGCUUUUUUAUUUGAAAGGAGAAAUGUGUCUUUAACUUACUUAACUUA